GUGGGCAGCCCCAGCUCCACGAAGCCGCUGGUUCAGCCUAGGUCCCGAUCCCUGCGCCCGCUUCUUUUUGCGCUCGGGGGGUCAGCCUUGGGGCGCCCCUUUCUCGGGAGUCCCCAAGAUGCCGUUCCACCCGGUGACCGCGGCGUUGAUGUACCGGGGCAUCUACACCGUGCCCAACAUCCUCUCCGAGCAGCGGCCCGUGGAUAUCCCCGAGGACGAGCUGGAGGAAAUCCGCGAGGCCUUCAAAGUAUUCGACAGAGAUGGUAAUGGGUUCAUCUCCAAGCAGGAACUGGGCACCGCCAUGCGCUCCCUGGGUUACAUGCCCAACGAGGUGGAACUGGAGGUCAUCAUUCAACGGCUGGACAUGGACGGUGAUGGCCAAGUGGACUUCGAAGAGUUUGUGACAUUACUGGGGCCCAAGCUGUCCACCUCGGGGAUUCCUGAAAAGUUCCACGGGACUGACUUUGACACAGUCUUCUGGAAGUGUGAUAUGCAGAAGCUGACAGUGGAUGAGUUGAAGCGCCUGCUCUAUGACACCUUCUGUGAGCAUCUUUCCAUGAAGGAUAUUGAGAAUAUCAUCAUGACGGAGGAGGAGAGUCACUUGGGCACUCCCGAGGAGUGCCCCGUCGACGUGGAGACCUGCUCCAACCAGCAGAUCCGCCAGACGUGCGUCCGCAAGAGCCUCAUCUGCGCCUUCGCCAUCGCCUUCAUCAUUAGCGUCAUGUUGAUCGCAGCCAAUCAGGUCCUGCGGAGCGGCAUGAAGUAGCUGACGGUGGGGGGCCGGGGACGGUGUGGCUGCCCUGGCCACGCCCCCGCCUCCCACCGAGCCAGCCUCCCGGUGGCUGGGGCCUCCCGCCAGGCCCCGGGGAGCAGGACAGUGCUGGGGGCUGCCUGGGGCCACGGCUAGCCAGAGCAUGUGGCCCUGACCCCGGGGCCCGGCCCGGCCCGGCCCGGCCCACCCCGCAUGGCUGUGGUGCCCGGCGCAUGUCAGUGCAUGGGGGUGGGGGGGCCCUCCCCGGUGUAACUCUGAGUGAUGCAAUCCUGUGUGCCAAUAGGAUAUAUUCUACCAUAAAAUAUAAUCUCUCUAUAUAUAUCUAUUUAUGAUAAAAAGAAAACACCAAAACCAUCUGUGAAGCAAUACAAGCCCCCUUCCCCUCCCCUCUCCUCCUUUAACCUGCGGGCCUUGCACGGACCAAGGAUGAGGGUGAGAAGUAGAGACCUUGGCCCUCCAAAGCCUUUCCAUGGGGACCCAGGGAAAGGGCUCAGAGAAGGCAGAUCUGGGCAGGUGGACCUCACAGGGAUGGGGUGGGGGAGGCUGAAGGGGUCAGGCCUGACCACCCAGGAGGGCCCUGCAGCCAGCCCCCUCCUCCAAGCCACUGAGGCUGGGGGGAUUCUGGGAGAGGACCUCCUGCCUGCACCCACCCCCUUCCCCUGUCUUGUCCCUGCCCUUCUCCCCUGUUUGUCUGUUUCCCGAUGUGAUCGCUGGUUCACUAGCCUGUAUGUAGCAUCACCUCGUUUCUGUCCGUUUGGGGGUGUUCAAUCUCAAUAAAGAUGGAAUUUAUAUAUGGGUUCAGUAGCC